CAUGGCGUGCUACCAGACAUGUGGACGGCGUAAUAACCCCGACCCCCAAGCUUAAGGUUUCACGUGAGCAGUCAUGGGGAAGUGUGGCGAAGCCAUGGAUAUCGUGGACCUUAUGCCUUAAGACUUGCCAAACCUUCUGACCCUUCCCUACCUCUCUUCUUCUUCUUCUUCUUCUUCUACUGUGACCAGCUUCCUGUCAAAGCAACUGCUGCAUGCUGAUCAAGUCCAUAUAUUACACUAGUGUCGGAGUGUGAUUGGGUUGGAAGGAUAGAAUGGGGAGGAGGAGGAGGAUUCCGGCAUUUGGGAACUGGGACUACGACGACGAGCUUCCCAUCACCCAGUACUUCGAAUCUGCAGCGCAGGCCGGGUUGAUCCGAGACCAGUGUUUGAGUGGAGAUGAUAAGCUUUGUAAGCCGGAAGCUGCCCCGGUGAAACCAGUCGGCUACCACAGCGAGGUGAAGAAGGGAGGUGGGAAAGGGGAGAAGCAGCGGAGGAAGCAAGAGAGGGGGUGUGGCGUGACACCACAAGACAGCAGCCAAAGGAGGCCCGGAAGAGCUCCCAAGGCGGUGGACGAGGACCUGUACAAGAUCCCACCUGAGCUCCUCUACCAGAAGCCAAAGAGGGUGCAGAAGAGGUUCCUGAGGAGUCCGUGGCCGGCAUGUCUGGGACUCAGCUGCGUCACCUGAGGAGGAAGAUGAAGCAGAGUUUUAGCUGUACUCAUUCUUCUCCGGUCGAUGAGGAGAUGUGAUGUAUCGUGAGACAGUGUCGCAUCAUUCACUGUAGUGGGUAGUACUACUGCCUUUGUUC